AUGUUAGAUGGUAUUUGGAAAAACAGGAAUGACUAUGUUUGGCAUAAUGAACAAGAAGAAGCGUCAGCUUUGGGUUUAAAAGCGAAUUACGUUUGGAAUGAGUGGUUCCAAGCCCAAGAGAGAAUGGCUGGAAGUACAGCAUGGGACCCAGGAACUCUACCCGUCUUUGAAGCUGAAGCCUUGGCCCUUAAAGAGGCCAUCCUUGGGGCUAUAUCCUUGAAUUUGGAGUUCGUAAUUUUUGAAAGUGAUUCCCAAAUUGUUACACAAGCUGUCCACUCAAAUAAAAAGGGUGACUCUGAGUUUUGUCUUAUUAUUGAUUAUAUAUGUAGUUUAUUGAGGUCCUUCAAAAACUUUGAGGUAAAGUUUGUCAAACGUCAAGCGAAUUCGGUUGCUCAUUCCCUUGCAAGGGCGGCCAAUUCUUGGGCUCGACGUAGUUUAUUGAGUUCGACUCCUCUUUGUAUUGAACAUCUUUUGAUUAAUGAAAGUCGUUAA